AUGGAAAAUCGUAUGAAUAAAAUGAAUCGAAAUCCUCUCUCUUUGAAUGAAUUUACAUACGAUUUUUCGGGCUUCGAGCGAACUGUCCACGAAGGCGUGCCUUUGAUCAAUAUAACAAAAUUAGCAAAAACCAACAAAACCUCCAAAACAAAGACCCACAAUGCAUACCAACCGACAAAAUAUGCUCCUGUAGAGCAUACUAACCCAUCUCACUCAGCAAAAUAUGUUGAUUAUUUGUGGGCUGUGAAAUUCUUGAGCUCUCGUGAUAAUGUUCAGCAGGAAGAGUUUUUGCAAUGGGUGGCUGUUUGUUUGUUUCAACAAUUAGAGUAUGGGAGUUGUCAACCUAUCACAAUUAGUGAAAACAACUCUUCGACCAGUACUAUUGAUGAUUCUAACAACAUUGAUGUGCAUUCUAGUUUUGGAUUGUCUUGUUCAAACUGUGGACAUUCGCAUAUAACAGGGAAAUCAAUCUCUAAGAAGAGAAUAUGGUCUCUCACUGAAAAUAUUCACGCUGGUCAUAUUCUUGGAGUGGAACGAGCGACAGCAGCAGGAGGAAGGGCAAAAGAAGAUAACAAGAAGACUCCUAGGAACAAGUGGUAUUCCAAGAGUUCCGAAGAAUAUAUUUAA